AUGCUACAGAGGCCCCUGCCCCUCAACCAUCGCACCCCCUGCCUACAGAUUCCGCCCCCACCCCCCAACCACCACUUCCAACCUCCUACCGUGUUGUCCGUGGCGGUGGUUAGCACGCUGAGUUUUCCACGUCCUGAUGCCGAGUACAAGAUUCCGACCGUAGGCCUCGGUGCCAGGUCACAAUACUAUGUUCUCCACGACGACGGGACCUUCAAGUAUGGCUAUGACACUGGUGACGGAGCCUAUGAGUCGGCGAUGGCAAAUGCUCCCGGGGACGUCUCUGGCUCCUUUGGGUACAAGGAUGCAUCCGGGGCAGACAUAAAGCUGGAUUAUACAGCUAAUGACCAAGGCUUCCUUGUCAGUGGAUCUCAUCUACCAGUUGCCCCAGUGGCUGAUACUGCUCCUCUCGUGUCCACCAAAACCGGUAGCCGCAUCAGCACCGCUUGA